AUGGGCUCUACCCGGAAAGCAGGUGCUGAUGAAGCCAGUGCGGUAUCUGGCUGCCCACGCCCCCCUGCUCAGCAUGAGUCUCUAUGGAGUCUGGUGCUCUGUGACAUUGUCAUGGUGCAGCCAGAAGGAGACACCACAGGAGAGGCUGUCCUGGCCCUAGUGAAGGAACUGAGUGAGUACAACCUGUGCCGUCACUAUGCCCAGUUGGGGAGCCAGAGACUUGGGUACAGGACCUACAAGGAUCAGAUCAUCUUUGUGUAUAAGUCAGACAUGGUGUCGGUCACCAAGUGGUGCCAGUUCGGGUCUGAGGAGGCCGGAGAAGCUGGGGAUUUUGCCGAGAGGCCCUUUGCUGCCAGAUUCCAGACAUCCAGCACAACAACUCUAAAGACAAAAGGGACAAGACCACAGAAGCACCAAAGAAAUGGCAGGAAAAGAGAAGGGAAGAAAAAGCCCAGGAGAAAGGAUGGAGACACACUGCAUGCAUGCCCCCGCUCCCCUUCUCCUCCGGUGGCCGUUCAGGAAGCCGUGGAGGUAGCUUUAGAUGCUGGGUAUCGGCACGUCGACUGUGCUUAUUUUUACCAGAACGAGGCCGAGAUCGGAGCAGCCUUUCAAAAGAAGUUCGGGGAAGGGAAGCUGAAGAGAGAUGAGCUUUAUGUGGUGAGCAAGCUGUGGAACAUCUUCCACGCCCCGCAGGAUGUGAAGCCGGCUUUCCUGAAAAGCCUGACAAUGCUGAACCUGGAUUACCUGGAUCUCUAUCUCAUGCACUCUCCAAUGGGCUUUCCGAAUAUCAGCGGGGAGCUCAUGCCUCAAAAGGACGGGUUGCUUCUGCAGUCAGAUGUGGACUACGUGGACACCUGGAGGGCGAUGGAGAAGCUGGUGGACGAAGGCCUGGUGAAAUCGGUGGGAGUUUCCAACUUCAAUGUCUCCCAGCUGGAGAGGCUGCUGUCCGUGUGCAGGAUCAAACCUGCCGCCAACCAGGUGGAGCUGCAUCCCUACCUGACCCAGCCUGAGCUGGUGGAGUAUUGCAAGUCUAAGGGGAUUGUCCUCAUUGCAUACAGUCCCUUCGGCUGCCCUGCCCUGCCCUGCCCUUCUGGGGAGAACAGCCCUGUGCCUCUCCUUGAGAAUCCCACAGUGAAUGAGAUCGCUCAGAAGCAUGGAAAGACCAGCGCUCAGGUUCUCAUCCGCUUCCACAUUCAGAGGGGCAUCGCCACCAUCCCGAAAAGCAUCACCCCGACCCGCAUCGUGGAGAACGCAGAGGUAUACGACUUUCACCUGACACGCAAAGAAAUCCAGAUGCUGGAAGGACUAAACUGCAACACGCGAUUUAUUAAAUGGAACUUGCUGGGGUGAGUGAGUGAAACAGGCUCGU